CGAGCGGAAAGCGGCUAUCCAGAGAGAGAGAGCGAGAAGGCUCGUGGAACAGAAUAGAAUGUUCGCUUCUAGGAAGCUCUCUCUCGUCCUCGAUUUGGACCACACCCUCCUCAAUUCAACAAAGUUUGUAGAUGUGGAUCCAAUGCAGGAAGAGCUUUUGAAGAGGAAAGAAGAGCAAGACCGAGCGAAGCCACAACGACAUCUCUUCCGCCUCCGACACAUGGGAUUGUGGACUAAACUGAGACCGGGCAUCUGGAAUUUUCUGGAGAAGGCUAAUGAGCUUUACGAGUUGCAUAUAUACACUCUGGGAAGCAGGCCGUACGCUACCGCGAUGGCAAAGCUGCUUGACCCGACCGGGUCUUUGUUUGGCGGGCGUGUCAUGUCGGGGAGAGACGAUGGUGAUAGAAUGGUCUCCCAGCGCAAAGAUCUGAAAGGGGUUUUAGGACUGGAAUGUGCCGCGGUGAUCAUGGACGACACUCCGAGUGUGUGGCCGAGUAGCCAACCCAAUUUGAUUGCUGUAGAGAGAUAUCAUUUCUUCCCAAGCAGCAGACGCAAAUUUGGAGUUCCCGGGCCUUCUCUUCUGGAAAUGGAUCGUGACGAGAGGGAGGAAGACGGCACUCUUGCGUCUUCUUUGGCGAUCAUCCAGCGAAUUCACGACGACUUCUUCUCGCGUCACGCGGACGGUGAUUUUAGAAAGCUACUGUUACGAAGCUAAAGGACUGAGCUUCGCCGCUGGAAAAGGAAAAGCGAUGUGUUUCGUUGAGCUGUCUCUCUCCCAACAAGCAGUUGGCACGUUCGCCGCCUCCGAUUAGGUGGAGUGAAAUGACACACCCAAGGAGGUGCGUCGGAUCCAUGUAAAUAAAAGCAUUACAAAA